GAGGCGACAACUAUGCCAUAGGGCAGGCAAUGUAUCAUUUAAGUAGUUCCAAAUCAUUGAAGUGUUCAACCUGAAAGAGAUGUUCGUCGUUCAUUUAAUCAAGAAAGCUCGCUCUAGACAGUGCUGUAUAUUUUAUUUAGUGUACCUAACUCGUGUGUUGUCUACUCUACAGGCGGUUUGAAAAUGAUAUAUUGACAUUAGACAUUGACGAGCAUCAUCAUUAGCUUCUCGCCGAUAAAAGACAAUCAUGUAUAAACUACUAGGAGGCCUGAAGGAAUACUUCAAACUACAGGAUAUAUGCACCAGUAGUGUUAUAUUCCGGUUGCAUAACAGCUUCACUACUGCAUUACUAUUGGCUUGCAGUUUGGUCAUCACCGCUACUCAAUAUGUCGGUCAGCCCAUCAGUUGUAUUGUGAACGGCAUUCCCACCCAUGUGGUUAAUACCUACUGCUGGAUUUCAAGCACUUUCACAAUGCCAGAUGCAUUCAGAAGAGAGCAAGGUCGUGAAGUUGCACACCCUGGUAUAGCCAAUGACUUUAAUGACGAAGAUGCUAAAAAAUACUACACAUACUAUCAAUGGGUGUGCUUUGUGUUAUUCUUUCAGAUUUUUUUUUUUCAGGCGGCUGCGUGUUACUUGCCGAAGGUUCUAUGGGAGGCCUCAGAAGGUGGCGUGAUGCGUACUACUGUUAUGGGUUUGAACCAUGGUAUCUGCAGGGAGGAUGAAAAAUGUGCGAAGAAAAACGCACUAAUGGAAUAUUUUUUGAAACGACUGAGGCGCCACAAACUUUAUGUUUUACGAUACUUUGCAUGCGAAGCAUUAUGUUUGGUCAACAUAAUUGUCCAAUUAUGGAUGAUGAAUAAAUUUUUCGAAGGAGAAUUUUAUUCAUAUGGCUGGAGAGUGAUGAAUUUUUCGGAUCAACCACAAGAACAGCGAAUUGAUCCAAUGGUGUACGUCUUUCCACGUGUUACCAAAUGUAUAUUCCAUAAGUUCGGUGCGUCUGGAACAAUACAAAAACACGAUUCUCUCUGCAUCCUACCCCUGAAUAUAGUGAAUGAGAAGACGUAUAUAUUCAUCUGGUUUUGGUUCAUUAUAUUAGCAGUAAUGCUCAUAUGCCUUAUGAUUUACAGGUUUUCUAGAUGAUUUCAUAAGUUUUUGGGACUUGACGUUUCGUUACGUACAAAAUGGUAACGGGCCAGACGGCCAACCAGAAGAGCCCAGUGGGCCGCAGGUUGAGUAUAGUUGUGCUAGAGGAUAGAAAAAAAGAAAUAAAAGAUUAGUUGAUAGUUGAAAAUUGUGAGAAAAAGUUAGUAACGUUUAGUUCCAAAAACACAGCCUUAUAAACUCACUUUAUUGCGCCUUUGGUUAUGCAAAAAUUGAAUGACAUUUCUAGUACAACGAAAAUUUGUGUUUUAUUUAGACAUACAAAGAAAUUUAAUAUUUUAUUUUUUCAUCAAAUACACCAUUUAUUUUAUUGGAAAAACUGCAUGAUCGUACACAGUAGAUCCUAAAUAGAACGCAUACAGUUAAACGCUUAUCAAAAAGUGAAAAACUUAUGUUGCAUAUUCAACGGACUUAAACAGGAUUUUCUGCUGGGCUCUAAAAUCGCGGUUUUUACAUAAAAAUGACUCCCAAAUUUACACCGUACAUUUUUAGCAGCCCUAAAAAAAUUGAAGUAUUGCCAGAUACCAUUAGAAGUCUUCAGUUGGUUAAAUUUGUUUAUUGGAAUAAUAUUCCAAGUACACCGAAAAAUAUUUUUUGUGGGUAGCAAUUUAGUUGCCACGACCUUAUAAAGGGUUAUAAAACCUGAACAAUGCGCAUUUCUUAAGUGUGUGCGUGUAGUAUUCUAUUCCAUUCUUUGUUUUUGAGAGGUUUUAAACAGUUCAUUCGCCUCUAACGUGUAGAAUGAUUCCUCUAUUUUGAGAUUUGGCGUUUGCUAUUUAGUUCUCAAAAUGGCAUACAAGUUCGCUCAGCGGCCACAAAUUUCCUAUAAUUAAAACUUGUUUGAGUUACAUAUGAUUAUUUCUAGUUUAAUGGCUUACGUUGUUAGUGACUCCUGUUGCCUGUUUUAUCAGGAAGCCUUCUCAGGUGUAUUCUAUACAACUUUUAGCAAGCUUAUUAAUUUUAAAUAUAAUGUCAGAGAUAAAGUAAGGUUUAAUGUAAGUAAUAAUAAUUCUAGGUGCUUACCCUUUUUAGUAGAUAGAUCACUUAGAAGUAAAAUAUAACUAAGGCUAUGUGUAUGCUUGAUGCUAAUCUUAUCUAGAAAUCCAUAUAAUUUGACUUCCAUAGAAUAAUCUUGCAAAUUGAAUUUAAUUUGCGAUUCUCUCUGCACUUCACACUUGCUUUUUUCUUUUCUAACUGUAUGUCGAUGUUUCAUUUAAAAAAUGGUUGCUAUGGUUUUCUUUUUCCCCUAUUUCCAUCCAUUGAAUUCAACCUCUGAACGAGGUUCGAGGAGGCAUUUGGAUGCCACCUGUCCAUGCGCUUUUCCAAGCAUUUGAAAUGUCGAUCUGAUAUUGACCUGUUGUUCGGUAGACGGACACCAUCGGAUUGCCAGAGUAAUCCGAUUUCGAAUCGUUCGCCGUUGUAGUGGGUACAAGGUUCGAGAGGCGCCACAGGUUGUUCAUCUUCUCUGGAUAACAGUGUGCGUUCCUGCUUGAUGAUUGUUACACUGUCCAGCGAGAAAAUUUUCUUCACUAUUUGAUGGAGUUUCGUAUCAUCCGACUCACUGCACAUGCUGGUAUGGUAGGUGUGACUAUUAUUCAUGGAAUCCUCCGUUGAACGAACACCACAAACCACCCAGCCAAGGUUCGUUUUCGCCGCAAUGGGUUCACUCAUAUUACCUUCACGACUUUUGCGUUCCAGCAUUAUGUUGGCGUGUUUUAGGCCGAUGAGGAUUCGGGGACGAACUUCUGUGUAAGACAGGAAGAUUUCGUAAAUAGCAAAACUCGCUCUCGAGGUAGUUCAUGUCCAGCGACUGAUAAGGCAACUGAAGUUCUUUGACCGCCUGACGCCUUGAAGGCGAUACCGUUUGCCUUCCCGACCAGAGAUCUUAAUAUUUACACUGUGCGAAUUUGACUCGAAUCGAUGUGUGCUUCCGGUCCAUUUGAGUAAAAGUGGGCGCAGGUCUCCAGAAAGUUACAACUCUUUCACUAGUUCUUCGUCAAAGAGAGUAAGCUCCGAUCCAUCGUCAAGGAAAGCAAAGCAUUCCACCUGUUUAUUAAUCCCUUAAAGCGUCACGGGUACAUAGCGGAAGGUGCCUGGACCACUGCCGUAUAGAUGAGUAUAAAUGUAGCGCUCCUCGUUUUGCAUUCAACGUGCAGUGUCAUUUCCGGACUCCUCCACAGCAAACGCAAUGUUGAGAUCCUUGUGCAACAGCGCAUGAUGUCUAAAGGCGCAUCCGUUUCACUCAAACAUCGCAUAUAAUGUAUAUAAUUAUAUAAUUUAUAAUUUAUAUAAUGUAUAUAAUUUAUAAUUUAUAUCACACUAUAAAUUCAAAUCAUGCUUUUUGAAUUUCUCUUACAGAUAACUCCUGGAAUCUUUUGCAUUUUCCGACGUUCGUACAACCGUCUUUACACACCAAACAACUUUUGUUUUGGUCCACUGCUGCGCUCGUUGAUGAGUCAGCCAUCGCUACAUGUUUCUGGGGGAUUUUCUGAGGUUCCUCCUUACCAAACUCUUCUAAAUGAGUAUUCACGUAUAUUUCUUCACAAAUUUCUCGAGAUUCCUGAUGUUUCCUACUCGAAACUGUGGUUCGAAAACAACGUUUACGUCCUCUGCCAGACCAUAUAUCCAUCGGUUGCAUGUAGAAAGCUUUACCUUUGAUUUGUUCUUCCGGUACUUCGCCCAAUCGAGCCUAAUGUGAGGUGGUAAUUUGUCCACCAAUUCCUUCAGCAGUGUUACGUCAGAACUAUACUCCAUUUUCCGCAAGCUUCUAUGGUGGCACUCAAGUUCUGCACCUCAAAAGCAAAAUCAACGAUCUUAUCCAUUGCUACUCCUUUGAUAGCCGGCAACGGUAAGAUCUUGUCUUUAAGGUACUCGAAUAUUGUCUUCUGAAUCGCACCUUUAAAACAUUCAUUGCUUUUCUCACCGCCGCAUAAGAAAACUGCGAACUGCACAAAAGCUUUCCCCCUUCAAGCAAUUUCCUAAGCGGAUCAUAUUCUCGGCUUCGGUGUUUCCACACAUCUCUGUGGUAUACUGCUAGGUCGCGAUGAAAAUUGGCCAUUCUUCAGGAUUGCCGCCAAACUUAGGUAACCUGAACGACCUGACAUGCUGCUAACUCGUCUUUAGUAUGUCGUUUGUGUCUCUCUAAAGAAUUCUAAGAUUUCUCCUUGGACUUUUUUCCUCGCUACCGCUCGCCGUUACACAUCUUUUAAACUUUCGAGUCAUGAGUGCGAAAGAAACCAGUGCGAAUCAAGGUGCGGAUGAAACGCUAUCGCAAACGCAGGAAAGACAAAAUACGGGAGGCUGUGUCAACUGCUCGCGCCCCUAUAGUAACGACAAUUUUGGCCAAUGUGACCAGUGUGAUGGCUGGUGGCACAUGCGCUGUGCGGGAGUGACCGAAUCAAUCGCGGAGAGGCCCUGGUCGUGCCGUAAUUGUCUAUCUUUGUCUAUCCACAGCAAGGCUACAAACCGGUCGGCUCAGAUUGCUCUGAGACUGAAGAAGCUGGAGGAGGAGCGCACAAUUCAACAGCGUGCGGCGGAGGCAGAGAAAAGGGCCAUCGAGCAGGAGAGGAAACUCAUGCAGGAGAAGUUUGCUCUGAUGGAGGAGCAGCUUGAAGAUGAACGGGAGAAAGCAAGCAACCGUAGCCAGGUGAGUCGACGAUCGAGGAAACAACGAGUGAUGGAAUGGGUGCAGCAGCAGUCAUCGAAUGAAGGAGCUGUAGGAGGAGUACCGGAGAAGCAAGGUGCAGAAACCGGACGCAAUCCUUUCGUUGCGGAGCAUCAGGCAGAGCCCAACCCAGUGAAGGAACCACCGAUGCAGCGUGGAGAAAUACUGGUAGAUCCGUCGAAACACAACCGGAAUCAGCAGCGGUACACAGGCGCGAUUCCUAAAACGGUUCCGAAUCGUCAACUCAUCACGACGACGUCUGUAGGUAAUCCUAUCCCCUCCUAUCCCCUCUGAACCUGGUGGCAGUGUGGGCACCAGGUAAGCCACCAAAAAUUAUCCUACCGAAAGAGAAAAAAUUAUAUGAAAAUAAAAUUCAGAUAAACGAUUAUUAUAUAGAUAUGCUAGAUAAAUUGGGAUCUAUUAGCCCGGUACCUCAAAAUAUGAGUCGAGCUGAACCCCCGCCGGUAACCCUGCGGACUGGCUUAGAUUUAUUAGUUCUCCUGGUCAGAUGUUGCGAAUCAACGAGUUCGUGGACAGGUAUAAACAUCUCCGUGGCCUCUCACUUUCCGGAUACGAGAACGCAGUACCGGUUUACACUACCGUUAAAGGUGAAAGAAGGUGAUUCCAACGAACCAGUUGCCAUGGAAACCCGUCUGGGAUGGCGUGUGUACUGGGGAUCGACACUUCGUUGAACAAUAUCGUCAAUUUCCACGCUUGUGAUUGUAACUCGGAUCGUGCAUUGCACGAACUGGUGAAGGAUUAUUUCACUCUCGAGGACGUCGGUUCCAGACCGAACAAUGAAUUGCUGUUAGCCGAUGACAGGAGAGCUCAGCAUAUUCUGGAGAAGACCACUACACGGGUGGGCAAUCAAUUUGAGACAGUGCUGUUACACGACGACGAAGUUGAAUUUCCGGACAGCUACGGAAUGGCUUUACGAAGACUGGAGUGUCUAGAGCGUCGGAUGGUGAGGAAUCCAUUAUUACAAGAGAUAAAUUACCGUCAAAUUGAAGAGUACCAACAGAAAGGUUACACGCAUCGAGCUAACGAGGAGGAGUUGCGGUGAAUCUAAGAAGAGGUUGGUACCUACCGCUGGGAGCGACAGUGGAUCCAGAAAAACCUGAAAAGGACCGACUGAUAUGGGAUGCCGCAGCUUUAGUGGAUGGAGUUUCUCUCAACGCAUUCCUUCUCAAAGGCCAGGAUCAGCUCACAUCAUUGUCAGCUGUAUUGUUGCGGUUCCGACAGAUUGCCGUGGCAGUCACCGUCGAUAUUCAAGAGAUGUUCCAUCAGUUGCGGAUCCGUGGAAUAGAUCGACACUCGCUGCGUUUCUUGUUUCGUGAAGAUCCAACCGCUACACCAGAAGUUAUGGACGUGGCUACAUUCGAGGCUACCUAUUCCCCAGCAUCGGCGCAGUAUGUCAAGAAUAGGAAUAUCGCAGACUUUGCCGAAAAGUAUCCAAGAGCUGUGGAAGGGAUAACAGAAAACCACUACGUUGACGACUACCUCGAUAGCUUUGUUACAGUAGUGGAAGCAGUGGAGAUAUCGGAGCAAGUGAGGGCGAUCCAUAGCAAAGGAGCCUUUCUGCUACGAAACUGGCAGUCAAAUAGUGCUACCGUGAAGCAGCAAUUGGGUGAAAUCACUCCUCUAACAAACACUUAUUUCAAGAUAAAACUGCAGAAAACGGACGGGUACUGAGCAUGCUGUGGUUGACUGACGAAGAUGCCCAAAGCUUAAGCGCACAGCUGAAGGAAGACGUGCAGCGAAUCGUGGAAAGUGAAUCCCGUCCUACGAAGAGACAAGUUCUACGGUGUCUCAUGAGUUUUUUUUUUCGAUCCGCUGGGCUUGUUGAGCGCUCUCAUGAUCCACGGCAAGAUCUUGCAUAUGGCGCGUUGGAACUCAAUGGGAUGAGCAGAUCAGUGAAGAUCCCGAGGAGCGAUGGCGGAGCUGGACUGUUGUGUUACAGCGGAUUUCGACCGUAAAAAUUCCCCGAUGCUAUUUCUCGAACGCUACCAUGCAGUGCUACCGUCAGCUACAGUUGCACAUCUUCGUGGACGCGAGCGAGGCUGCGUAUGCAGCGGUAGCGUGUUUUCGGAUCGUCGAAACAAAUGGUACAUCAAAAUGUGCUCUGGUGACGGCAAUAACCAAGGUUGAACCCCGGAACACCUGUCCAUUCCACGGUUGGAGCUACAGGCUGCUGUACUUGGAACUCGAUUGAUGCGGUUUAUUCUGGAGUCCCAUACCGUAACAAUAACUGAGCGGUACAUGUGGUCGGACUCUACAACAGUUCUGGCGUAGCUUAGAGCGGAUCCCCGCAAGUAUAAGCAGUACGUAGCCUUCAGAAUUGGGGAAAUACUGGAGCAGACGAACGUGAACGUGUGGUGGUGGGUACCUUCGAAGAAUAACACAGCGGAUUACGCCACGAAAUGGGGAAGCGGUCCAUCUGUGGACGUUAAGGGUGUUUGGUUCCAGGGACCAUCUUUUUUGUACCAACCGAUGGAAGAGUGGCCGAAGUUGAAAGUGCCAUUACCAAUGGUGGAAGAAGAGUACCGUCCAUGUAACGUUCAUGUGGAAGCGGCUGUACCAACGGCGGUGAUUUUUUUUUUUUUUUAUCCAAAAUAUAUAUUUUUAUUAAGGCUCAUAUGGCGUCAGCCUAACGGGGCCGGGAGUUCAAUUUUUCUACAAUGUUUGCUUACAACUAUGUUAGUAAUAUGUAACCGAUUACUCGCGGUUGGCUCGAGGUUAGUAUUACAAGUGUUCUCAUAAUUGGUAUGUUGCAGUCUUCGAUGCUCUGUACGUGUGCCCGACACGGGAUACCUGCUAUUGGGAUGCAGCUGACCAUUAAUCAGCAACGCCCCCCUAGUCUGUACCCCAUAUCUAGCGUGGUGCGUCUUUCUCGACUCGAGGAAUCCAGGAUAGAAUGGUCACUAGCCGGCGCAAUCAUCAGCUUGUGUAGAGUUGUCAUAAGCGGUACAACCUUUGGCUCUUGUUGAAUGAUCAGUGGACUGCACAACCUUUGGCCCGUGUAUCUGUAAAGAGUGUGUGUAUGUAUUGCCGCGACUAAGUAAAAGUUUAUCGUUUGGAUAGGAGGGAUAUGAAACGGGGACACAACGAAGGAAACAUCAUUAAACGUUGACAUCGGCGUUUCUGAGGAACAGGUAUAGAUGAAGCAGAAGAUCAGGAUCACGGCUACCUAAGAUAUCCCGGAUGGGGAUAUCCGAUUGUCUGCCUUGUGCUCUCAGUACUCUAGAGAGCUGAGAGCGAGCAGCAUGGAACCGGAUACACGACCAGACAACAUGCUCGAUGUCGUGGUAGCCAUCGCCACAAUCACAAAGAUUGUUUGCUGCGAGCCCAAUGCGAUAUAGAUGCGCGUUUAGGUUGUAGUGAUUGGACAUAAGCCGAGAUAUCACGCGAAUGAAAUCACGACCUACAUUCAAUCCCUUGAACCAUGCACUCGUCGAGACCUUAGGGAUAAUCGUGUGUAACCAACGACCGAACUCAUCUUCACUCCACAUGCGCUGCCAACUUACGAGCGUAUUCUGACGAGGAAUGUGGAAAAAUUCAUUAUAAGCAAUUUGCCUUUCAAAAAGUGUGCCUUCUGAAGCGCCCACCUUAGCUAGCGAGUCCGCUUUCUCAUUCCCCGGUAUUGAGCAAUGAGAGGGAACCCAUGCUAAGGUAAUCUUGAAUAAUUUUUCGACCAAAACACUCAAUAGUUGUCUUAUUCUUGUUAGGAAAUAAGAUGAGCAUUUAUCAACUUUCAUUGAGCGGAUUGCCUCUAUUGAGCUGAGACUGUCUGAAAAAAUAAAAUAGUGGUCGAUGGGCAAUGUUUCAAUGAUCCCUAAUGCGUAAUAUAUCGCACCCAGUUCAGCGACAUACACGGAACAAGGAUCUUUGAGUUUGAAAGAGGCACUGGAAUUUUCAUUGAAGAUGCCGAAGCCAGUGGACCCGUUUAUGAAUGAACCGUCAGUAUAGAACAUUUUAUCAGAUCCAACUUUCCCAUAUUCUGCCGAAAAUAUCGGCGGAAUAGAAUCGGAGCGUAGGUGAUCUGGGAUUCCAUGGAUUUUUUGUCGCAUGGACAGAUAAAAAAUGACAGAGGAAUUGCAGAAGUAUGGGAAGCAAACUUGGUUGGAGAUGCCUGGUGAAGGGUGCACGUCGUGGGUAAGGUACUCAUGGUAUAAAGACAUAAAACUUGACUGAGGAGUCAGUUGGAGUAGAUUUUCGAAGUUAUCAAUCACCAAUGGAUUCAUGAUCUUGCAACGGAUGAGAAAUCUGUAGGAUAAUUCUGUGAACCGAAGAGUAAGCGGGGGUACUCCUGCCAAAACUUCGAGACUCAUCGUAUGUGUCGAAUGCAAACACCCCAUGGCUAUACGCAAGCAACGAUAUUGUAUUCUCUCCAGCUUGAGAAUAUGAAUCCUGGCAGCUGAUCGGAAGCAAAAACUGCCAUAUUCUAACACUGAUAAUAUCGUUGUUUUGUACAAUUGAAUGAGGUCUCCUGGAUGGGCACCCCACCAUGUUCCGGUAAUUGUUUGGAGAAAAUUGAUUCUUUGCUGGCAUUUCUGUUUCAAAUACGCAAUGUGUCUCCCCCAGGUACACUUAGAAUCAAAAUAUACACCCAGGUAUUUGAAAAACAUAGAGUGUUGGAUCGUUUUGCCGGAUAGGUGAAGCUGGAAUUGGGCGGGUUCGUGCUUCCUAGAAAAAACGACCAUUUCAGUUUUCUCCGUAGAGAAUUCGAUACCCAGCUUGAGGGCCCACGUGAACAGAUUGUUCAGGGUAUCUUGCAACGACUUUUGCAGAACGACGGGAUUAGUACCCGUGAUGGAAAUAACUCCAUCGUCUGCAAGUUGUCUCAGCGUGCAGUCUCUAGUUAGACAAUCAUCCAUAUCAUUGACGUAAAAACUGUACAAGAGGGGGCUUAGGCAGGAGCCUUGCGGUAGGCCCAUAAAACUGUAACGAGAAGAUUUCGAGCUGCCAUGAGAGAAAAUCAUGUGCUUUUCUGACAGUAAAUUGUACAGGAAAUUAUUGAGAAUUGGUGAAAGUCCACGAUUAUGAAGCUUCUCUGAGAGAAUUUCCAUGGAAACUGAAUCAAAUGCCCCUUUGAUAUCGAGAAAAACGGAAGCCAUUUGUUCUUUGCGAGCAAAUGCGAUUUGGAUUUUAGAAGAUAGCAGCGCGAGACAAUCAUUUGUCCCUUUACCUCGGCGGAAGCCAAACUGCGUAUUUGACAGCAAAUUGUUCGUUUCGACCCACUUGUCCAAACGAAGUAGAAUCAUUUUCUCUAACAAUUUACGAAUACAGGAUAACAUUGCAAUCGGCCUAUACGACUUGUGAUCGCUAGCCGGCUUGUUGGGUUUCCGUAUGGCUAUCACUCUCACUUGUCUCCAGUCAUGCGGGACAAUAUUCAGCUCCAGAAACUUGUUGAACAAGUUCAGCAAACGCUGUUUUGCCAAGUCGGGAAGAUUCUUCAACAAGUUGAAUUUAAUCUUGUCCGACCCCGGAGCUGAAUUGUUACAUGAGAGAAGGGCAAUUGAGAAUUCCACCAUCGAAAAAUUCUCAUAAUCGCUUUGGUAACAGUGUAAAAUACAACAAAAAUUAUCUUAAGAUAAAAAAUGUACACGAAUGAAUUCGGCUCUGUUACAGCUGAAUUGCUAAAUGAGCCUAAUAAAAUAAACUGUUGGGACAAAAAACACCGACUGACAGAGCUGAUAGUAGAAGUGUAUCACAGAAAGUUCCAGCACGCCAAAUCGCUAAUAAAGUUGGUCCGAAGAGGAGUUGAUCUCAACCAACUCUCCUUCAUAUCAUUUAAGAUUGGAGUUGCAAUGAAGUGGAAAGAAAAGGCAAUGCAGCCAUCAAGCUGGCAAAGGGGAAUUUAUUUCCGUGAGUUUGUGGGUGCCGAGCGGAAUACAAUUUUUCGAGACGAGCGGCAACGAGAUAGUUCACAGCAGCGUGACUGUUUCUCCACACCGCUCGCUGCUCCCAUUCAGUCCACGGUGGCGAUGCAGCAGUAACAAUGAUUUGUGUGAGGAAUCUGAAAUAGGAUAUGAAACAAAUAUUACUGAAACUGUACGAAAUAAUGUUAUAACUCUACCUACUCUGUCUGUUGUGAGUGAUCGCAUAGUGUCGUCCUGUUGGUCCGUUGAACGUGGGAAACCCUGUGGAAGAGAAAACAGUAAUUAGCAUAUACUAUCAAAACACAUAUAGUUAUGCAACAGACCUCCACGUGUACGCUGAGUCAGAGGAUCAAAGUACACGUUCGACCAUCCAUAUCACCAAUCACGCCACCACAGCCAAGUCAGCAUAAUUGGAGAAGCCGGACCACGCCAGACAGAAGUUGCAAGUUCAACAGAAUUAGGUUUUAAAUAAGGGCCGUAACCAAAUUAGCCAGUUCAGUUAUUAUUACGAUCCCAAAAGUGUAACAUUAGUGUUUAAGCGAAGAAAUAAAGUUUUUUUUAUGACCUACCUUCCGUAAGUCUUAUUAUUAUAUAUUUAUCCUCGUUUGAACUAGACUACGAUGCUUAUGCAUUUGUAGAAACUUACUUGGAUUCUGCUGUGCAAGAUGGUUUGUUGUUUCCUUCGUGUUUUUCGGUCUAUCGCUGCGACAGAAACUCACUCAACAGCGAUAAACGGUCCGACGGAGGGGUGCUUGUUGCGGUUCAUCAUUCUAUCGUCAGCACGGGGUUUGCUCGAGCUGAAAACAAUGAAGCGAUCUGUGUUAAGAUGAAAACAUUGAAUGGAUACGUAUUUUUGUGUUGUGGAUACAUUCCACCUACCUCGAAUAUUUCUCGAUAUCAGUCGUUCGUUGCGUUUGUUGGCUCUGUCAUCGACGUCAUUCGGCCGGGUGACACGGUGCUCGUGCCAGGUGAUUUCAACCUGCCGAAUUUAAGGUGGAAUCAGUACAUUGAAGAAGGAAAUGACUCUUUUUUCUUACCUGAGCGAAUUGUUUCGCAGAGUGAAGUAGCCAUUGUUGAUGGUUUUUCGACGUUUGGAUUGAUGCAAGUGUGUGAUAUAUCGAACCAAAACAAUACAUAUUUGGAUCUAGUAUUCACCACUGACACCGAAACAUGCCAUGUUGCUGUGACGGACUCGAUUAUUAAGCAUGAAAUUCACCACUUUGCUAUGAAUAUGACGUUUGCGGUUGCUACACUGCGCGAAAUAGAAGUUGGGAAGUCCAGAAAGCAGAAGUUGGGAAGUCCAGAAAGCACAGAAGCAUCUUAACCUAAUGGAUGUGGCGCUGGUUAAGGAGGCACUAAGGGAUGUUUCGUGGAACGAUAUUUUUAUAUCUUCAGAUGACUUUGAACAUGAUGAGGAGACACAUAAGCAACACGCCGCAUCAAUGUUCGAAUAUCUUAACUCACUGGACGUUUUUCACUGUGGACUCAAUUGUUUUACGACUGUAUGCAACAGUACAGACUUCAACGUUAUGUCGUUGUAUUUCGUAUUGUUCAACGUUUUCGCAAGGUUUGCCCCUUUAUACAGGGACCGCUCGCGAUCGACAACCCCGUACCCGGAAUGGUUUUCAUCGGCUAUCAUUCAUUUUUUUUUCCAAUUCGUUUAUUUGUAAGGCUCAAUCGCAUAAGCUUUGCGGAGCCGCUAACUCAAGUUUUGUUUAUACAAAAAUUUCAUCUUAAAUCUAUGUUUAGUAGGUUUCGACCGAUUACUCGCGGUUUACUCGAGGUUAGAGGGGCAACAAUUUUUGUGGGACGGGUCAGGUUAGGGAUAUGGAUAUGAGGUAUCAGUGUCUCAACCGAGGGUUGCCGCACGCACUGUAGCAUUGUGCAUAAUGACCAGGGAUAGCAUCUGGUGUUCGACUAGCUGUCGAGGGUGGGCGACGGUGAGAUGAGGGGACAAUACAAACAAACUAAUAACGAAAAAGAAAAAAAAAACACAAAAGCAUUAAAUUCUUAUACUAGACCGUUUCACAAACAUAUAGCAUAUAGCAGAUGUCGCGAGUUCCCAACACGUCUCUAACAGGAACAUAGGGUUGUCUUCCUUGGACGUCAGGGGCAUUCAAAAGGUACUCUCUGGCUGCGUAAUUAUCCGUACAUUGCCAAACUGCGUGAUCGAUGUCAUCGUAACCGUUUCCACACCGACAGACAUUGUUUUGAACAAGAUUUAUUCUGUGGAGGUGCACAUCUAGCGAGUAGUGGUUGGACAUAAGUCUACUCAUUACACGAAUGAAGUCACGACUUACGUCCAAACCUUUGAACCACGCUCUCGAAGAAACCUUUGGAAUAAUUGAAUAUAACCACCGCCCAAGACUUCCAGUGUCCCAAUCGGUUUGCCAACUCAAGAGGGAACUCUGACGCAGUAAUUGGAAAAAUUCAUCGUAUGAAAUCUGUCUAUCAAACAAUUCGCCUUCCUGGGCACCCACCUUUGCUAGAGUGUCCGCCUUCUCAUUGCCAGAAAUUGAGCAAUGAGAGGGGACCCAUACAAAGGUUAUCUUAUAAGAUCUUUCGAUCAGUGCACUCAUCUGCAGCCUCACUUUUGUGAGGAAAUAAGAUGGGUGCCUACUAGUUCUCAUCGACUGGAGAGCCUCAAGCGAACUGAGACUAUCCGAGAAAAUGAAGUAAUGGUCUGCAGGCUUGUUGGAGAUCAUCCCCAAUGCGAAGUCGAUUGCUGCCAGCUCAGCAACAUAAACGGAACAAGGUUCCUGCAGUUUACGGAAGGCGCUCGAAUUUUCAUUGAAAACACCGAAGCCAGUGGAUCCAUUGAGGCGAGACCCAUCAGUGAAGUAUCUUUUCAUGCAAUUGACUUUUGAGUACUUUCGGUUAAAAAUACGGGGAAUGUAAGUUGAUCGAAGCUGAUCUGAGAUUCCAAGUAUUGCUUGUUUCAUCGACAGAUCGUAUUCAAUUGAGGAACUGCUGAUGGUGAAGUGAGCACGGUCUGGAGUAAACGAUGGAAGACAAAUAUCUGACGAAAGGCUAUCAUUCAUGUUCUCAAAGAGAAACGCAAAGCGCUAAAAAAACUGCAAAAGAAUUCUACGCCGGAAAAUGUUGCCUCUUACAAACAGUUAUUGCGAUCGUUCAAUGUUU